AUGAACCUGACGCUGCGCUACAUCGCCCUGGCGUUUGUGUCGAUCCUUUCGCUCCACUAUCUGGCCAGCUAUACUUCCGUCUCGUAUCAGCAGCGGGUGGACACGUUGCGCUCCUCAUGGAACUACAAUGCGAGUCUGCACGAUGCUCAGCAAGCUGCCCAGACGGCAGGCCUCGGCUUCGAAUCCAUGCCCAAGGCCAACGCAUCGUUUGUGGUGCUGUGUCGCGAGGGCGAGAUCAACGAGAUCCUCAGCAGCCUCCAGCAUCUCGAGUCCACCUUCAACGACAGGCCGCAUCACCGCUACCCCUACGUAUUCCUCAACGACAAGCCGUUCUCGGACAACUUCAAGCUUCGCAUCACCAGGGCCGUGUCGUCGAGCGUCGAGUUCGGCCAAGUGCCGCCUGAGAUGUGGGACAUCCCACCAGAGAUCGACAUGGUCAGGGCGCGCAAGGCGUGGGACAGGGCCGCGUCCAGGGGCAUGCCCUACGGAGGCUCGCAGUCGUACCGACAGAUGUGCAGGUUCCAGUCCGGCUACUUUUUCAGACAUCCACUGGUGCUCAAGUACAAAUACUACUGGAGAGUCGAGCCCAACGUCAAGUUCUUCUGCGAUCUCACCGACUUCGAUCCGUUCAGGUUCAUGCAGCAGAACAACAAAAAGUACGGAUUCGUACUCUCCAUGCACGAGAUCCCCGGCACCGUGCCAUCCCUCUGGGUCCGCGUGCGCGAAUGGUACGAAAAGAACGCAGAGCUGCUGGCGCCCAACAAUCUCUUUGGCUUUGUCACCGAAAACAACGGCCGCGGCUACAACAAGUGCCACUUCUGGUCGAAUUUUGAGAUCGCCGACAUGGACUUUUUUCGCUCGGACGCCUACCUUUCUUUCUUCAAGCACCUCGACCAGGCAGGCGGCUUCUUCUACGAACGCUGGGGUGAUGCACCCGUGCACUCGAUCGGCGCGGCGCUGCUGCUCGACAAGUCGGAGUUCCACUACUUUGACAACGUCGGCUACUUCCACUCGCCCAUCAUGCACUGUCCCAAAGUGGCCAAGGAGUCGGCCAUCUCGCCAUACCUCGGCAGGAGCAGGUGCUACUGCGCCCACGAAUCGUCGUUUACCUUUGACGACAACCGCCAGUCGUGCCUGUACAACUACCUCGAGAUCAUGGGCAAAAACUCGUCCGCUGCAAGGGACAAGUUCAUGAAGCUCGACAUCUGA